AUGAAUUCCUUGACAGCGGUUCGGAGGUGCUAUUCGCCCUCUUGCUGUAGACCAACAGCUCCUCUAUUGCUAGAUUUUCUCGCACCAUCCGCCCUCCGCCGACAAUAUCACGCAUCCCCAAUCUACAAAUCCGCCGAAUCCGAGUCAAGUCCCGAAUCCCCAAAGCCGAAGUAUGUUCUGAAUAAAAGGCAACGAGAGUUUCUCGAUAGCGCGCUACGAGUCAACCAGGCUGGCGAAUUAGCUGCAACGCUAAUUUAUACCGCCCAAACGCCGCAAGUCGUCCGUUCGCAUCCACACCUCCGACCGUUGAUGAAGCACAUGUACGACCAGGAGGAAGGCCAUCUCACGACAUUCAACGAGAAAAUUUCCAAGCAUCGAGUGCGCCCGACGGCGAUGUACCCGGUUUGGGAAACUGCAGCGACUUUUCUGGGCUGGUCGACGGGUGUCAUGGGACGAGAGGCAGCGAUGGCCUGUACUGAAGCUGUGGAAACAGAAAUCGGCUCACAUUACAACGAUCAAGUUCGGGAAAUUUUGUCGUGGGAAGCCGAGGCGCACAGUCGUGGAGAGGAGCUGGAUGAUGAGCUGAAGGAGAUGCUCACGACUUUUCGAAGAAUCCGGGAUGAGGAACUCGAACAUCUAGACCAUGCUGUUGAGAACGAUUCCAAGGAGGCACGGCCAUACGAUCCCCUUGUCAAUGCUAUCCGACUCGGGUGCAGAGCGGCCAUCAAGAUCAGCGAAAGAGUAUGA